AUAGACAAAGGCAGACACAUUUGUUACAAAAUCAGAUCUUUUGAAGGAAGGUUACAUUUACUUUCAACAUAAACAUUACUACAUUGUUACACAAUGCCCGUACACGUGGAAUUGACGCUGGAGGAGCUGACCAGGAUUGCUCUCGGGGUGCCAGAGCUAACACACACCAAUGUGGCCGUGCUCCACAGUCUGAUUAAUGUGCUCCUUAAGAAACUCAACUGCCAGAAUGAUGUGGUCAGUAUCAGUGGCCUCGAGGGCAAGUGCAUGGAGCGAAUCCUAGAGCAGUCCAAGAUCUCCCCGCUGCCCUUCGAUGUGCAGACUAUUGUGCCCAUCUCUGAGCAACUGGACAAGGUUGAGAUGAUGGAGCAGCGCAUACGGCAGCUGGAGACCAAGCUCGAGUGCCAUUUCAAACAGAUUCGCAUCUGCAACAAGGCCAAGGACCAGAAGUUAAGAGUCCACAAUGCCGAGCAGUACGCCUCGCCCUGCGAGGAUCUCUGCACCACCUGUGACGAGGACAACAAGAUCGCAUGCAGCCUGCUGGCCAACGUGGACUUCAUGAAGAAACUGAUGAGGUUCAUAGCCACCCCGAUCCUUGAUCAGAUGGAGCAGAUGAGCCGGAAGCUAGAGAGAUUCUAUUUGACCCUGCAGGAGUUCCUCCGGGAAACUGAGGCACUCUUCAAACGCCUGGAGCUGGUCAAGCAGUGUGUGGUGGAGAUCGAGGGCAUCAGGAAACUCGUCCAGGAGUACAACUUGACCUUUAUCGGAACGAUGGAGGAGUUGCAGGACAUGCUGGACAGCAAGCUGGACAAGGUACACAUGCCGGCGCUGAAAAAGUACAUUCGCGACCGCUUCGACGACCUCGAAGGCCGACUGCACCGCCUCGAGGACAAGGACGAGUGCCCACGGGCAGCCGGCUUCAUUAACACCGGCAUCACGUGCCUCUCCUGCACCAGCAAGCGGGUGGGAGUGGAUGUCGGUCCCCAGAUCAUUGGCGUCCUCCCGGAUGCUCCUCUCCGGCACAGCAAAAACGGGCCGGUCAACUGCCAGAAGAGCGUGGUGUGCCGCGCCGUGGAGAAGGAGCCCUCGCUGAUGGUGCGGGUUAAUAAGUUGGAUCUCAGUGUCCUGGCCGAGCGACUCAGCCGCCCGGCCACGGACAAGGUGUGCAAGCUGCCAGAGGCUAAUGACGUCCUCUAUGGCGUUCGAAAUUCCUGUGUGUCCAAUCUCGGCAUACAGUAACACCCAUGUUUGUUCCAAAUCGAUUCGUUUAGCCAGUAAAGCAUAUGCGGCCCCUCUCAAGGCCUUUUCCGUUAAGCCGCAUAAAAAGUG